GAACUUUCCAAAUUGUUAGUUAUUUCAGAUCGAAGCAAUCAAUAUCUAUGAGUACAUGUUACAACUUUUCUAAAUUUUGUGUUUCAUUACGUAAAAUAUCACAAACUGAAUGACAUUAUUUUCCAAGUAUUUUUGCAUAACGUCAAUAAUUUCGAAAGCUGAUUAAUGAAGUCGAUCAUUAGUAAAACGUACAACAUAUUCAUGGUUUGAAAAUGGCUUGUGGACAUUAGUAAAAUGGUGCAAUGGGUAGAAAAAUCCUUAGCAAAAUCUUUGUAACGAGAAUGGACCGACGUACCUCUAAUAUGACUUAUAUUAUUGUAUGUAAAAUUAAAUAUAUAUAAAAGGAGUGUAGUAUAAAGAGUGAAAAUGUCGUGACAAUUGUUUAGUUAUAAAUAUAUCUCUUUUGCUGUACAUAUUUGUAAAAUAUUUUAAAUCCUAACCUAAGAUUAUUUAUAAUUUAAUUAAGAAAAUCUAAGAAUAUUUAUAUAAAUGUUGACCACAAUGAGUACCAUAGUCGAUACGCCGACACCACAAUUCAUAAAGACCAUCGAGUGGGACAUGAUGGACAAAGCCAAGUUCUUUCCUUUGUCAAUGUUGAGUUCGUUCUCUGUUCGAUGUGCUCUGUACCCUCUGACUGUUAUUAAAACUCAACUACAAGUCCAACAUAAAAAUGAUGUAUACAAGGGAAUGAUUGAUGCUGGGACUAAGAUCUACAAAAGCGAAGGCGCUUCAGGAUUGUAUCGAGGCUUUUGGAUUUCCUCUGUUCAAAUAGUAUCAGGUGUCUUUUACAUAAGUACUUAUGAGGGUGUUCGUCAUAUAUUAUCUCAAAAUGGAAUCGAGGGUCGAGCCAAAGCUCUCAUUGGAGGUGCAUGCGCUUCUUUAGUUGGUCAAACGAUAAUUGUCCCUUUUGAUGUCAUAUCUCAACAUGCCAUGGUUUUAGGAAUGUCAUCACAUAGCGGAAAGGGCACUGUUAAUCCACUUGGAAUUACAGUGAAAGAAGGAAAAGGAUCUCGUUUACAAAUCACUUUAGAUAUUGGACGUCAGAUAUACCGAAGAGAUGGUUUUGCAGGCUUUUAUAGAGGAUAUGGGGCCUCGUUAAUGGCUUAUGUUCCAAACUCUGCUAUGUGGUGGGCGUUCUAUCAUUUAUAUCAAGAUGAGUUGUAUAGAAUAUUGCCAGAAUGGGUAUCACAUCUCUUUAUUCAAUCAGUGGCGGGCACACUUGGUGGCUUCACAACAACGAUUAUCACAAACCCAUUAGAUAUUAUAAGAGCAAGACUUCAGGUGCAAAGGUUAGAUUCCAUGAAAUUAGCAUUCACAGAAUUGUGGCAAGAAGAAAAAUUAAAAAUGUUUACGAAAGGAUUAUCUGCUCGCCUUGUUCAAUCUGCCUGCUUUUCUUUUAGUAUAAUUCUCGGUUACGAAACUAUUAAACGUUUAGCGGUAAAUGAAAAAUAUAAAGAUCAUAUUAAGUGGUAG